AUGGCGGAUUUAGGAAACUCAACUUAUACAAUUUGGCUUAAUAAUUUUUCCUUUCAAAUGAACCGGUACAUGUCCAUAUUCAUCAUACUAUUCGGUUCAGUUGGAAACGUUUUAAAUUUGUUAAUUUUUUCGCGUCCGAAGCAUCGAACAAAUCCAUGUGCAGUGUAUUUCUUCUAUGCGGCAAUCGCUGGUCUGAUUGCACUUUAUUCUGGACUCACAAGUCGAAUAUUUGCAGGUUUUCAACUCGACCUAUCCGCCACGACGGAAGGACUUUGUCCAGCGCGAGCUAUUAUUGUUUGGGUUUCAACAACAGCUUCAUCUUGGUUUUUAACUUAUGCAACUGUUGAUCGAUAUUGUAUUAGUUGUCGACAAGUCAAUCGUCGAAAUUUGAGUAAUCUACAAUAUACUCAUCGCUUGAUGGUCUUGACAAUCGCCGGUGCAUCAUUGAUCUUUAGCGAAACAUUCUAUUGCUAUGUACCGAAUCUAAAAGGUUCUCCAUUACUUUGUUAUGGGCGGAAUAUGACCUGCCGACUCUAUAACGAAAUCGCUUCGGCAUUGCUUUUUGUCUUUAUUCCAUCAGCAAUCAUGUUAGUAUUUGGAUAUGGAACAGUGGAUAAUGUAAGGAAAUUACUUUCAUCCAUUACGCCAACAGUAGGUACAGACGGAACAGCUAGAUCAAUUAGAAAAACCGAUCGACAAUUGAUUCAAAUGUUAAUUACUCAAGUUAUUUUAUCAACUAUUUUUAACGUUCCAUUAUCUAUUCAUAGGCUUUAUUUAACAUCCACCUUAGCACAAGCUAAGAGUCCGUUGAAAGCAGCAAUUGAAAAUCUUUGUUUUCAAAUCUUUUACCUCCUUAGCUUUCUCACGUUCGGGAUACCAUUUUAUAUUUAUACGUUAACAGGCACCGUGUUUAAAAGCGAAUGUAAAAGUUUAUUUCAGUCUAUUUUUAACAACUGUAAACUCGUUUUACUCUGGCACGUUCGCACAUGA